AUGGACGGCGGGCAUGUGGACGACGGGCUCGGAGACGACGUUCUCGACGAUGACGACGUGAAGGCGAACGAUCGCGCGGAAGCGAGUUUUUGCGGCGACGGUGGACUCGACGGCGACGAGUCAAACCUUACUACGAAGGGUUCAAAGACGCUGGACAAUCCUUUUUUGGAAGCCUCGUCUGCGGCCCUUCAACAACCCUACAUUGCCGACAACCUUGACGUUGCCAUUGUGGCGGCUGCACCGUCACCUCCGGCUCUGCCUUCCGGAUCGAUUCGGGCAGGACCGCCGCCGGGAUUCCCAGCGCACUCGUCCAUCCGGGACCUCGUCAACUUCUCCGGGAGAUUCAGGAACGACUGCGACGCCUUUUCGUCCGGCGGCAGGAUCGAUUUUCUCUCAUCGGCGGCGAUUUCGCGAUUUUCGUCGCACUCUUCAGACGGCAACGCGCACGUGGACGACGGGCACUCUCCACCUGCGGAAGCACCGUCACCGCCGCCGGAUCCGACUCCGCUAGGUCCGGCCCCUCCACCUGCGGAAGCAUCGUCGCCAUCGUCAGGGCUGGAACUUCCACCGUCGUCUCCAUCUUCGCCUUCACCACGCUCCGCCAAGGUUUCCACUUGGCACGAGGAUGACGGGCGCGUGGACGACGAAGUUGCGCCUCUGCCGGUUUCGCCCUUGACGGCGCGGCCGUCUCUUUCGACGGAAUCUGCAACAGGUUCUGCCGUUCAUCCAAACGACAGGAAAUCUCGCACCGCUCCGUUUGGUUCGGCCGCCAACUCCACGAACACCGCGUCGGACUCUCUUCUCGUCGAGGGAUUCACACGGCUGCUUUUCGGUUUGCGGCCGGAUCCUGGUGGAGGAAUUAAUUUCUGGAAACGACGGCAGUUCAUCUAUUUUCGGCCGGAUCCAG